CUUUGUUGUUGCUGCGAACUGUCAAGAUUUAGGAAUAGCCAAUACGAGUCCCGCAGCUAGAAGCAUGUCGUCUGCUGCUACAAGCUGUCUCCUCCCGCAUCAAGUAGCCGCAUCAUGAAUGGCAAGCCGCUACCCAAGGCCGCUACUGGUCCAAAUGGCCUACCUAAACACAGGGCCGGUAUAGCAAGUUUCGAUGCGCCACGCCGGCCAAACACACCAGGCAAUGUCUUUGCUUCUCUCAAAGCCACCCAGAUCCUCACUCUGAAGCCCGUACUACCUGCAGCAGAGCUCAUUGCGACCAUCCUCGACUACCUCCCUGUAUCCGACUUGAUAACAUGUGCUCGCGUGUCCAAACGAUUGCAAGAGAUGGUCUAUGAUGACACACGAUGGGUUGCCAGACUGAGAGACAUGGGCGUGUGGAACGAGUCCGAAGCACGACAACGUUAUGAAGAUUCAAAGAAGAAGAGACUGAGUGGACGUCCGCAUGCUGCAAGCAUCACACUAUUCGAUGCACAUGAUGAAGAGGAGAAGGUCCGGAAAUCUCUGGAACAGUCCACGACACCUAGACGACCGCGGCAUAGCAGUGUGACUGAUGGCUUUGACGACAUGAACAUAUCCAACAAUCCGACCUUCGAUGCAAAGGCCGCCACGACUGCUCUACGUAGAGUUCGUUCCAUCAGGGGCCAGGCGAGACAAGAGUACGGUAAAGUCCAUGGUGCUCUAGGCCCUUUCUAUUACAAUUUGGUCCGCUCAGAGAACUCGUCCGAUCCGGCCAUCUUCCGUCUUGUCCAAGACCCCGAGCAGCAAGCUCGCAUCCUUGCUGAUCUCAGAGUCUUUGCACGAAGCGAUGGUUCGCAAAAGUGGCGCCAACGACAAGACAAGCUCGAAUCCAUGCUCGGUGUCUUUGAGAAUGCCAUGAUUGGUAAUUUCGAACAGGCAUACCAAGCUCAAGAUGUUGAUCGUAUGAGACGCUUUGCUCAUGUUCUGGUCUCUCUCAACGGUGGAGCCGCUGGCAUUGAUAUUUUCAUCUCCAACCACCCUUACAUGCGUCGAAAGGAUCAAGUUGGAAGUCCGUUGGACUGUCUACAAGACGUUGCCCCCGGACACGUGGAUCUGAAUCCUUCUCAGAGGUUCUUUGAGAAAUUGGCGUCUAUGCUAUCAAUGCAGUCCGACCUGAUCGACCAGGUCUUCCCAAGCUCCGUCAGCGUACUCUUGCCUUUUGCGACUCGUGUCUGCGAAGACAUAAUCUCCGAUUACAUCACAACGCUCUUCAUCGAAGCCCAUGAGAGUAACGUCGAAUCAUAUCUCAAGGCUGUCUCGGGCAUAUUCGAGCAAGCCAUGCGCUUUGCAGUCUCUAUACAACCGCCAAAAGCAUCUGGAACAGACUUUCAUGACCAGAUCAAGAGAGUUAUCUCACAUAUCUUCGAACCACAUGUGGAUCGUUACCUCACAGAAGAACUCGAAUACUUUACGACAAAAUGCAAUGACGAGGUGGACGCUUGGGAAAAAGAACUUUCCGAGCAAGAAGCAAAGACGGAAUCGUUCUUCAUGUCAGGUGUGAGCAGACAAGCAGCCAAGCGUGAUUUUCUGUCUUCGUUCAAGAAGGUGGUCAUGAUGCCUGUGAAUGCUUUACCCACUUUUCCCUCUGCCAAUAAAGCAACACCAGCAAUCGAGGCUGCGACUACGAAAGAAAGCUCCAGGCCAGGAACACCAGACACCCCUACACCAAUGAAACCGGCACCGACAACAGAGUUGGCAGCCAAGACUGCCAUUAUGAACUCACGACUAGAGGGCAUCAAGUCCUUGUUCAGCAUCGAGGUAGCCUUGAGUUUGAUCCACCACGCAAAGGCUUCGAUCGAGCGUGCAGCCAUUUUCAUCCGCAUGGGCGACAAACACGCCACCCUAGCAAGAGGACAAUGCGACAAGAUAUUCGUCAGCCUCUUAGCAAUCCUCGGUCGUCGACACAUUCAAAACGGCUUUGACAAGGCAGUAGGCCACCUAAGCAGCUACAACCCCCGCGCAGUAAAAGAAUUCCGCUCCGGCCAAACGGAGACAGAAGGAACAACCAGCGGCGUCGAACCCCUCGUCACCUUCCUCGAACUCGUCAAUGUUGGAGAUUUGAUCCAACAAAUGGUUGAUGUCUUUUACAUGCAAGAACUAGUAACACCUGGUCUCACCGACCGCGACGAUUUUCUAAACCCAGCCGUCAAGGAAAAGAAGCGCUUUGAGCAAAUGCUGGAUGAACGUGUAGCAGCCGGCAUGGGCAAAGGCAUUGAUGUGCUCAUCGAUGAAGUAGAAUACAUGUGCGCCACCCUCCAAUUAACCGCCGACUUCAACACGGACGCCGUAGACGCCAAGAAUCUCACCAUGCAAGAUAAAAGAGCUAGCAUGAUGGGACUUGUGGAUAUCGGACCCACGGAGACUGCCAAGAGGGUGGUUGAUACUAUUCAACAGCAUACAGGCAUGUUGGUCGGUAGUACCGAUAAAAACAUGCUGGAUGUGUUUAAUCAAGAGGUUGGCUUGAGAUUAUUCGGUGUGCUGUGCAAGCAUAUAAAACGACAAAGGAUCAGUGCCGAUGGAGCUAUUAAGCUGAUCAGCGACAUCAACCUCUACAGUUCCUUCAUCACCACCCUGCGUCAAAAAUCGCUACUCCCGUAUUACUCUGCUCUGCGCGAGCUUUCUCAAAUCUACCUCAUCGAUUGCGGUGCAAGUAAUAAUACAUCAUCUUCCACACGAUCGGCGAGGUGUAAAGAGCUUGCUACGAUUAUCGCGGAUAAUGAUAGAUAUCACGGUAUCUUCAGGGCGGAAGAGGUUUAUGAGUUUGCGGAGAGGAGGGCGGAUUGGUAUGCUGUCAGGAGGGAUGUGGAGAGGGCAAUGUAUGGGAUUGGGUGUUUGGUCAUGUAA